AUGACUGAAGAUGUUCUCGAAGCCACCUCUCAGAGACGGAAAAUCUCCAUUGAAGGUGUCCAAGGGAUGAUACUUGUAGGCUUUAUGGUUGCCCAUAUCGACGGGUUACAUAGAUACCGGGUCCUGUUUGCCAAUGCAUUGGUACUAGCUCGAGACUUGGGGCUUCAUCGCAUUGACCAUCCACAUAACUCUGGAAAGGCGAACACAUCCCAGGCAGAGAUUGAACGUAGGGUAUGGUGGUAUUUGUGUGCAUCUGAUUGGGCUAUGGCGGCACGGGUGGGUGGAGUGAGCGAGGGUAUUUAUUCGUGCCAUCCUCGCCAAAUGAUCACGAAAAAGCCACUCAACAUAAACGACGAAGAGGUUUUGGACGGAAUGAGCCGUCAUGAACGACCCCUUUCGCUUCCAACAUCGAUGUCAUACACAUUGCAGAGGAUACGCCUAGCUGAGAUAUCUCGUAACAUUGUCGAUCGAAGUCCGCUCAUGAUGGCACAUACAGGAGGCUUAAGUCAUGAUGCGGUCAUGGACAUCGAUACUGAGCUCCAAACUCUAAUCAACGAGGUUCCAGGGUUCUAUUCGAUGACACCGCAUAUGUUGAUGGAGACGUACGGUUUGACUCAGACUCGAGCUGCGGACAUCGUAUUUCAAGGCAAAGUUGUUUACUUCUUGCUCUACUCACAACGAUGCAAGAUUCACCUGCCAUAUUUUAUACGCAGCUCCGAGGAUUCAGCAUAUUACUCUUCCCGGGAAAUAUGUCUCAAGCAUGCGCGACUUCUCAUCCGAUCAGAUAUAUGGUCGGAGGAUGCCGACAUCGACAAUGUGAUACAGAAUAAACUGACCGAGCUCCUGGUUGGGGUCUUUUUAGCUUGUGCCGUUCUGCUCAUGGACGUGUUUGUCAGCCCGCUGUCCCCGCAACACCAGGAGCAGCGAGAGGAGAUCUUCAGGUCUUUCAAAAUUAUGGACAUAGCGAAAAGAGGCUCAGAAACCACUGCCAAGUUCGUUGACUCGCUGAUACAUAUUCUUCGGAAAAACCAGACGUCAGCUUCCGAUCGUGUUUCAGGUGAACAACAAGAACCUCUUGCAUACAGUGGUCGCAAGGGUGAACGAGACCCUCAAACAUUUCCCUACGAAGAAACAACUUUUGACAAUACUGUACCUCCUGGGUAUGAUGUCUAUGAUAAUUUUCGUUUCCUGGAAACUACUGAGGACCCUUUCAGUGUCAACAACGGCCCCAACCCCACCAUAGGGUCUGGAGAACAUCUUGAUUUGACUCGAGAAGACAUUUCAUCAUACUGGACCAAUUUCACUCAUGAUUUUGAAGAAGGCGUUGAAAUCGACGGUAAAUCAUUUGAUUGGGACAGUAUUUUCAUGGAAUUGGAUUCUUCAUUUAUUUGA